AAGUGAUGGACAGAGUCACCUGCAGCAGGUGGAGCAGCACACUCAGUUGUCAGGGAACAGCAGCAGGAUGCAGCAGCAGCAGCAGCACCGGACACUGCGCCUGGACCGCGGGCAGAGGCUAGAGGCUGUGUGUGUGCUGGGCACACGCAUCUCCAUAGACGUCAAUGGAGGGGCUCCAGUGGAGAGCAAGUGGUUCAGCAUGCGCCACUCACAGAACAUUGAAGCCGAAGUCAUCCAGAGUGACGCAGUCAAACCCAAAAUGGUCAAUGGGGAGAAGCUGUGGCCACUCAACAGCAAAUCCUUGGUGGAACUUUACAUGACAACAGCCAGCACAGACACCAAUGAUGGCAAGGUAACAUUUGCUUAUUAUGGACCCGGAUCUGAUGCUCCUGUAGACAAAUCCGGAGUUUAUCUUACCGGUGUCGAAAUCUCCUUGGAUGUGGAUGCUGACCGUGAUGGUGUGGUGGAAAAAAACAAUCCACAGAAGGCUUCAUGGACGUGGGGCCCUAAAGGACAAGGAGCCGUCUUGCUGGUAAACUGUGACAAGGACAGUCUGUUCUCUCGCACAGUAGAUGGAGGAGAUGAAAUAAUGCUCAGUAAAGCAGAUCUGCUGGACAUGUCCCGAUUGGUUCUUCGUACACGAGGGCCAGAGAAGCUGCCUAUAGGGUACCAUCUGUUGCUUUAUAUCUCUGCAUCUGACUCAAAGAAUCUGGGAGUGUUCCACUACUACAAUAAGAUGUACACCCAUGUGCUUGGAGGAAAGAAGCUGUUUUACAAGGCCAGGUACACCGGAACUACCGAGCUGGAAUUCUUUGUGGAAGGUCUGCGCUUCCCAGAUGAGGGUUUUGAUGGGCUUAUCUCCAUUAAAGCGAGCCUGCUGGAGUCCAUGGUAGAGGGUAUUCCAGAAACUCCCAUAUUUACGGAUGUGGUCACAUUUCGUGUAGCUCCUCUUAUAAUCACCCCGAACACAUUGGAACCCAUAGAGGUGUAUGUCUGCAGUGUAAAGGAUAAUUACCUUUUCCUAAAGGAGAUUAAGAAUCUUGUGAGUGAAGCCAACUACAAGAUACAGAUUUGCUUUGAGUAUGUGAACCGUGGGGACCGUUGGAUGCAGGAUGAAAUGGAAUUUGGGUACAUUCAAGCCCCUCACAAGAGUUUUCCUGUAGUCCUGGACUCCCCAAGGGACGGAGAACUAAAGGAUUUCCCUAUCAGAGAUCUCCUGGGCCCAGAUUUUGGAUAUGUGACUAAAAUUGCUGCUUCUUCGGAAGUCACAAGCCUGGACUCCUUUGGUAAUCUAGAAGUCAGCCCCCCUGUAACCGUGCAAGGGAAAAAGUACCCCCUGGGGAGGAUUCUUAUUGGCAGCAGCUUCCCUACAACUUCCGGGAGACGGAUGACCAAAGUAGUAAGGGACUUCCUCUAUGCCCAGCGGGUACAGGCACCCAUUGAGCUAUUCACUGAUUGGCUGUAUGUGGGUCAUGUGGAUGAGUUCAUGACCUUCAUACCAACCGCCGAUGAAAAGGGCUUCCGUCUGCUCCUGGCCAGUCCUGUCGCCUGCCUGCGAGUGUUUCGUGAGCAGAAACAUAAAGGAAAUGGAGACGCCACAUUAUUUCAAGGCCUAGAAACCAAGAGAUGGACUGUCACCAAAAUCCUCUCCACAGAAGCCAUACUGCAGGAGAACAGUUUCGUCCAGAACUGCAUUGACUGGAACCGGGAUAUCCUGAAGAAGGAACUUGGUCUCACUGAAGAUGACAUCAUAGAUCUCCCUGCACUGUUUAGACUUGGUAAAGACGGCAAAGCUUUGGCUUUCUUCCCAAACAUGGUUAAUAUGAUUGUUCUGGGAAAGGAUUUGGGUAUCCCCAAACCGUAUGGACCUGUUAUUGAAGAAACCUGCUGCCUAGAAGAUUAUGUCAUCUCAUUGCUUAAGCCAUUGGGUUUUAACUGCACCUUCAUAGAUGACGUUGUGUCCUACCACAAGAAGCUGGGGGAGGUGCAUUGUGGAACCAACGUUCGUCGCAAGCCUUUUACUUUCAAGUGGUGGCAAAUGGAAGAGCCAUAAUAUUUCAAGAUCCCUCAUUACCUAACUAAUGUUUUUGAAAGUGUAACAGCUGGCAGUUAAUGAUGCGACCACUACUCCGCAAAAUUUAUUAGGAUCAUAUCAUAAAUUCUUUGUUGACUCAAAUCUGCUCUAGUGCCUUAAUCAACCAAAUGUACAUUUGUAGUUAUGCCUUGGAUACUGGAUUCACUAAUAAUGGAGAAUUGCUUAGGUUGUAAGGGACACGUGUAUCACAUACUAGUGAUAAAGUGUUUGCCACAGUCACAGCUGGACGUGUCAUUCUUUUGUGCUGGAAGAAAAGAGUCAGGUUACAUCGUUGAUCACCUAUGAGUUGCAUGAAGAAUAGAGACAGCUGUUUAUUGGUUGGAUGUGGAGCACAUUUAUCCACCAUUUUUUGUUUGUUAUAGAUCCCUGCACUUACAAUUGGUCUUCUUAUUUAAAUGCUACAAAUCAACUAGACUGCUGUUUAGCCAUACAAAUAUCAUUUAUAUUAUUUACUGUAACAUCAAGGUAUUCAGUGAUGUACUUUGGGUUGCCAAAUGUCCUCUAUAUUAAAAAAAAAUGCCCAUGGGGGAUCUUAGUAAAGAAGUAGGUGGGGUCAAAUUCAGAACUCAUUGCCCUGAAGCUUGUGUAAGCCAUAUGCCCAAAAAGGGACCUCAGAUCAGACCCCAUUGGCUGCAGCACUUUUGUGGCAAUGGGGUGGUUUUUGACCUUUAAAAAGUAGGUUACUAAAUGUCAAGGAUAGAGGGUAGAACUAGUGGAGAGCAAGGAUUCUCUACUACCUACUCCUGUUUCAUUAUAUAAAUACCCUUUUAUCCCAUUUACCUCUCUUUGUCCUCAGUAGAACUAAAGGAGUUGCUCUUGAAAACACAUGACUUUUGAUAUCUUUGAGAUUUAGCGGGCAACAAUAAUGAUUGGAGAUGGUUAGUAACCCCAGCAUGCCACUAGAACCACAACUGAUCAAACCUCAGAUCAAGCUCAUGGCCCUGCAGAGCCAUCAGCUAUUUUUUAACAUCAGAUCUCAGAUCAGAUAUCUUGUCCUGCAGCCCUUCUUUAUAUGCCAUCAGACCUACAGCCUUGUAGCCCCCUGUCAGCCAACAUCAGAUCUACAGCCUUGUAGCCCCCUGUCAGCCAACAUCAGAUCUACAGCCUUGUAACCCAUCAGCUAUUUGCUAACAUCAGAUCUCAGAUCAGAUCCCUUGCCCUGCAGCCCUUCUCCUUUAUAUGCCAUCAGACCUACAGCCUUGUAGCCCCUUGUUAGCCAAUAUCAGACCUACAGCCUUGUAGCCCCUUGUUAGCCAACAUCAGACCUACAGCCUUGUAGCCCCCUGUCAGACAAUAUCAGACCUACAGCCUUGUAGCCCCUUGUUAGCCAACAUCAGACCUACAGCCUUGUAGCCCCCUGUCAGACAAUAUCAGACCUACAGCCUUGUAGCCCCUUGUUAGCCAACAUCAGACCUACAGCCUUGUAGCCCCCUGUCAGUUAAAUGCCCAAAAUCAGAUCUCAAAUCAGACCUGUGUCCCUGAACCUUAUGACUGUUAUGUACCAAAAACAGACCUCAUAUCAGAUUUAUGCUUCUGUUAGCUACAUGAUCAUAUAGCUAACUACUUUUUUCACAUUUCUUGUAGUUGGACAGGCUGAUGAAUUAUUUGAAUAUCUGGUUAAAUACUGAAUGACUAGCAACCAUAGUUGUACCCUGUCAGAAAUGUCCUGGGCGCUUCACCAAAUUCAACCAAUCUUACAAUCAUUAUUCCUGUUCAUAGUAAAGCUGUCCAAUUUAAUUUUCAAGGAUAUUUGGUGAAUAAAACCCCUUUACUAUAUGGAGAUUGUACAAUAAGCACUUCAAUUCUUAUUAUAGAUCAGUUUUGCAGAUCUGAAACUAUUUAGAAUGCAAAGCUAAGCAAUAUAACUGUUUUUAUGUUAACCCUAAAUAACUCUAAGCUGCUUUCUUGUCAUUAAUAAUAAUUUGAAAAUUUUUAUUGUACUAACAUUUUAAUUUUAGGUGUACUAACCUCAUUUGCCAGUAUGGAAUAACCAAACUUUUACUAAAAAGCUAUGCAGCAGGGAUGAAUUGAUAGUAAAUGGAACUGCAGAAUUUUGCACAACUACAAUUAGUUGCUUUUCAUAAAAAAAAAUUAAAAAAAGGGGAAAGCAAAGAAUUGCGAAUUUACAUCUCUAAACUCAUAAAUGUCAUGAAAGGUUGCUCCAGUUAAUAAAUCAAGAAUAUUACCUGCUUGUAAUACUGCUUAUAUUGGUAGAACUAUACAAAACAUGCUAAUUGUUUACAAUAGCAUUUACUAUUUAAACCACAAUAUGGGAAUUACAAUGUUGCAGUCUGGGGCUAUCAUUUAAUAUGUGGCAAGCUUUUGUUAACCCUUUGCAGCCAGAAAAGACUGUGGAGUAUAAUUUUGCGCGCACACACACACACACACACACAUAUAUAUAUAUAUAUACAUAAUUCCUGUUCACACACACACAUAUAUAUAUAUACAUAAUUCCUGUUCAAAAAUGCUUUUACAACAUUGUAGCAAAGCUAUGUAUUUUGAUGAGGACACAAACCUGGGGAAAUGAAUUGCAUUCACAAGAGAAAAAUACUAAUUUUAGCUUUUUUCUCGAAAGACAUAGGUUUCAGUUGUAAAGGUACAAAAAAAAACUUAAAGGGAUAGAAAUGUCAAAAUUGAAAUGUGCAUAGAUGCAUUUAAAUUUUAAAUAGAAACAUUUUUGCAAUAUACUUCUAUUAGCAAAAAUUCUUCUAGUAAAAGUUAUUGCUGUGUAUGCUGUGAGUGCUCCUGCAACAAUAUUCAAAAACACCACCUCACCUCAGAGAGUCAGCAGUGGUUUGUAUGAGACCAAUUAAGUCUUCACAGACACAACACACACUCUCUGAGCUUGAAUAUUGGUGCACAAGCCCUCAUAGCAUAUGUGCAUAUGCCACUGAAAAACAGAAAGAAAAAAAAAUGUUUUGAAGUUCAGGUAUGCAGAAACUACAGUGAGAUUAGCUAUUUAUUUUGUAUUAGUUUGCUUUAAAUGGGCUUUCUUAUGUCAUGGGCAUUAUAUAUUUUUUUUAAGUGAGGACCACAAAUUAUGUGACAUUAUAGCAAGUGUACGUGUUCUCUGUUUAUUAUAUAUCCUUUGCACAAUGAACGUUUUUAUUAAAAUCAGACCAGCUUCUAUAUUAAAAGGACAAAUACAUUUUUAACAAUUAAACACUGUAGUGCAAAAAUCUGCAUACAAAAUAAUGUUUUAAAAGCAUUUAGACUGACAUUUUGUUUGCAGCAUUUGAAACUGUGUUGCAGUCCAAAGAUAUACCACCUAAAAGGCAUCUUGUGUAUGUUUCUCCUUUGCCACAGCCUAUUAGGGAUAGAUAGAAACAAGAAGAUUUAUGGAUAUUGCAUUAUUCACACCAGUGAAGGCAGUGGGCAGUGGAAAUAACACAAUUUUUAGAAUCACAUUUCUGGUAAAGCAGCCACAAAUAUAUAGUUUUACUAAAGAUAUUUGCACAAUUUAACAGGUUAAAUGAAUAUCCCUUUAAUAUCUUUCAACCAAUGGGAUUAUCUGUAGUGUUAAGGCAAAUAUUUUUGUUGGCAUCAAAAUGUGCCAGGAUACUCUGUGUGGGUAGGAUAUUCAGAACAAAGAAAUAGAUUUGUCAUUUUAACAGUAGGGGGCACUCAACUCAACAAUAUCAUUGGGUGCUCAUACAUAUACAAAUAUUUAAAGGGACAGUGUACUCAGUCAAAGCAGCAGCUAAGAUUUAAUUGUAUUUAAAGUUGAUGCAGGAUCACCAUUAAAAAAGGGCUGUGCUCUCUCUCCCACCCUCACUGGGAGGUUGUUUAUAUUUUGAUGAAUCUUGUUUACAUAGCUUUUCUGUAGCCAUUACUGUACUACUGAUAUUUUUAGUAAUGGAGGUAGUUUCAAAAGGGAAAUCAGCUAUUAUGGAUGACAAAAUAAAGGCAAAGGAGCUAUUUGUUAAUAAUUUAAUACACAGCAGGUAACGUGGAUAAUUGGUAACACAUUAAUGGGGUUCAUUUUACAGUACACUGUCCCUUUAAGCCCCUGGAUGUCAAAUACAUAAUAUAUUACCUAAUGAAUGACUAUGAUUUCUAACAUAACUAUGGUUAAUCAGUAGCAUAUUAACCCCGUGGCUUCCAGAGAGGCAUUGUAUAGUAUUUAUCUUUAUGUGAAAAUAAAUUAGUCAAACUCUUUGUUAUCUAACAGCCAUGGCUAAACAAGAAUGCACUGCUCUGGCACUAUAAAGGUUAAUUUGCUAAAUAAGCCCCAUAGGUUCCAUGUGAUCUUAUGUCGCUGUAACAGAAUUCUCACCCUGACUGCGUCUCUGCUGUUCCAUUUCCUUCUCUAAGUGCCUGUUUGGGUUCUAAGAUAUUGUGUCUAUUUGGUUGGUUGUUUUUGACAAUUUUGCCUGUAAAAGGGUGCAAUGUUAUUAUCAUUUUUACAUUACUAACUUAUAAAAUGUGUUUUCUAUUUCUGUUUGUAAGAAAUGUAAUUUCUAAGAUUUUGUUGAUGCUGUCUUAGGUUAUUUUGUUCCCACAGUUUCCUGUGGAAGUUUCAGAACUGAAAUAUGCUGCUUAUAAAGAAUGUUGUUCUCUCUUUUAAACCAAUGUGCAAUUCUUUUUUUUUUUCUUGUACUGGGAACCAGUGACUUUACAAACUGUGUUAUGGCUUUAGCAAUAAACAUGUGACUGAA